AGUCCACCUUUCGUCCGUGAGGAACAAAUCAAGAUUACAUGGUUCCGCUAUCAUUUCUUUUCCUACUUGUACACUCAUUUAAAUGUUUCUCAUUUAAAAACACGCUUUUGUUCCUCAGACACAGUAAGCAUAAUAUUGAUAAUCACCACAAUAAUAAAAUGAUACGAAAUAUUUCCUUUAUCAUUUACGUAUGAAAAUAAAAUAGCACAUGAAAUCACAAUCACAUUAUGAAGAUUGUAAUUAUAACUAUUUAAUUUCAUCGGGAGUGGAUUUUUUGCACAGUUCCUUUCAUCCAUCUUUUCAAAAUUAUGACGCUGCUUUUGCUCAUCCACAGUUUGGCUCUGUUGGUUAGGGUUAAGAUUUAGGAAAUGUGGAUAUUGCACUGAGGCUGGGUUGUGAUGAAGUGAGAGUGAGACAAUACUGGAUAGUUAAUCCUCUUAAAGCCUGCAGGUAUUAGCCAUUAUGCUGAUCCAUUGUGAAGACGCGCCCUAAAUAAACUGUUGGCUCCUUCCCCUGUGUGUGCCGCUCAGCUUCAGACUGAUUGUCAGACAUUUCUGCAUUCUCUUACCUGACAGGAUUUUGUUUAGGUGGUCCAAUGAUAUGAAAUGAAACACGCCAAGGCAGUGUGGGAUCCUGUCAGCCCCAAUCAUUUGGGGAGAGAACUGGAGAGCUGGCCUGCCCCUCAUGCAUCAGAGUCCAUCAUAGGUCACCCAAUCUGCUAAUAUGUUUUGUCUGAGAAGGAAGCGACUGCGGCUGAGGCGCAUCAUCUUCCUCCUGGCCGGCGUCUUCAUCUGCGUGGUGUACCAGCUGGCCGUCAGCGCCGGACGCCAUGAAGCGUUGCCUUCGCCUCAAAUGGGAGACGCCUUCAUGGAAGGCUCAGGCGGAUGGGUCGAGGAGGUCACGGGCGACGGUCGGGAGAAGCCGAGAAACCAAACGGCGUGGACGACCCGCUCCGACUCAACCGUGGCUGGGAGAACUCCACCGCCGGCGACCACCAACCGGACGAUUGUGCGUUGCAUAUAUGUCCCGCCUGAUCCAAAGGAGGAGGCCCCAACUCCAUCUUCUCCUGGUGAAAGUCCUCACAUGAAGGGAGAGUACCCCGAAGAUAUCUUUUCCGUGGAGGAACGUAGACGAGGCUGGGUGAUGUUGCACAUCUCCGGCAUGAUGUACAUGUUCGUGUCACUUGCUAUUGUGUGUGACGAGUUUUUCGUCCCCGCGUUGGGGGUCAUCAUAGACAAAUUAGAAAUAUCCGACGACGUGGCGGGAGCUACCUUCAUGGCGGCUGGAGGAUCGGCCCCUGAGCUUUUCACCUCCUUGAUCGGGGUCUUCAUAGCCCACAGCAACGUCGGUAUCGGCACCAUCGUGGGCUCGGCGGUUUUCAACAUCCUCUUUGUGAUCGGCAUGUGCGCUUUGUUUUCCCGGGAGGUGCUUCACCUCACCUGGUGGCCUCUCUUCAGAGAUGUGUCCUUCUACAUUGUGGACCUCAUCUUGCUCAUCAUCUUCUUCCUGGACAAUGUCAUCAUGUGGUGGGAGAGUAUGACGCUGGUGGCCAGCUAUACCUUCUAUGUCGUCUUCAUGAAGUUCAACGCCCAAAUAGAACACGUGUUCAAGACGCAGCUUUACAAACACAAGGGCAUUGUCCGAAUUAUUACUGAUGAAGAGCAAGAAGUGACCAAGGCCAAUGGGGAGAGUCAGGUUAAAACGCCGCCUCCUCCUCCAGACUACUGGAAUCGGUUAAAGUUGAAGCCAUCUCUUCAACGCGGUGGAAGUUCGGCAUCUUUGCACAACAGCACCAUGAGGAACACCAUUUUCCAACUCAUGAUCCACACCUUAGACCCACUCGGAGAAGGCAAAUUCAAGGACAAGGCAGAGAGUCUUACUAAUGUCGUGAGGCGAAAGGCCGAAGGUGAAAUUGCAGACAAGAGUGGAGACGGAGACGGUGAGCAGGAGCAGGCCAAAGAUGCUGCGCCUGCGUGCGAAAGCGCAAAGAAGGAGCCACCCAAAGAUGAGAAGGUACACUCCACCAAGCAUGUCAAAAAGCCCAGAAGUCAAUCUUUGAUACCUUUCUAUGAGGACCAGCCGGCGCAGGAAGACCAGUCAGACGAGUCAAGCAGCGGCGAGGAGGAGAGUGAUGAAGAGGAGAGCCAGGAAGAUGACAGCGACGAUGACUCCAGUGAAGAUGACGAGGAGGAAGAGGAGAAGCCUCUGUCUUUAGAAUGGCCCGACACGCCAAGGAAACAAGUCACUUACCUUUUCCUGCUGCCUAUCGUCUUCCCUCUGUGGCUCACCAUCCCUGACGUCCGCAAACAGAAUUCCAGGAAAUUUUUCGCGGUCACCUUCCUGGGCUCUAUUCUGUGGAUAGCCAUCUUCUCGUACCUCAUGGUGUGGUGGGCACAUCAGGUGGGUGAAACCAUCGGGAUCUCCGAGGAGAUUAUGGGCCUGACUAUUCUGGCUGCCGGGACAUCCAUCCCCGACCUCAUCACCAGCGUGAUCGUCGCCCGUAAAGGACUCGGCGACAUGGCCGUGUCCAGCUCUGUGGGCAGCAAUAUCUUUGACAUCACCGUGGGUCUGCCGUUGCCAUGGCUGAUUUACUCGUUCAUCCACGGUUUUGUUCCCGUGGCCGUCAGCAGCAACGGGCUCUUCUGCGCCAUCGUGCUGCUCUUCCUCAUGCUGCUCUUUGUUAUCAUCUCCAUUGCGUCGUGCAAGUGGAAAAUGAACAAGGCUCUGGGUUCCACCAUGUUCCUGCUCUACUUCAUUUUCUUGGUGCUUAGCGUCAUGCUGGAAGACCGCAUCAUCAUCUGUCCAGUGUCUAUCUGAAGCUCCCAACGCUUAUAGUUUGCUUGUUUUGAUGGAUUGUACAUUUGGACUAUUCAGGAUCGGAGCUCACAUCUUCAGUAUGGUCCAUGAAAGCAUUUCAGUAGCAUGAUGUGAAGGAACUCUGUUGUUUCAGAUGGAUUCAAAUCAGCAAUGUCAGCAAGAAUGUGAUCAUCCAAAAAGUGUUUUUAUUACCAAAUGAGCGCAAAGAACAGAUCCACUUCUUUUGAAGCUAGUUUCAUAUAAAUUAGUGUCCACCUUACAAAUGGUGAAGAACAAACCUUGACACAAGAUGUAGACAUCAAUGAGGGAGUUUUUUCUUUUCCUUUUUCUUCCAAGCUUUGUAACAGGUUGCUUUGUCAGCUUCGGAAGGGACAUGGUGACGUCAGGAUAGGGCACAGCUUUUUUUUUUUUUCUUCUCUCUUUACGAGCUUAAACCUUGAAGCGGUUCAUUUCUGUUACGAAAUGAAAUCUACAAAACACAUCAAAUUCUCUACAAGUCCUGUGACAAUAUUGACAAAAGCAAAAUUGAGAUUAAUCCAACAGUCAUUCAUUUUUUCCGGCGAUCACAUACUUUGAUUGUACUGUACAGAGGGAAUGUAUCCUUAGUGGUCCCAUACAACUAUCAAGAAAUUUCACUUUAAAAAAAGUAUUGCUUUAAAAACCAUAUAAAUCAUGUUAGAAUUUCCCUUUGGGUUUUUUGGUACAUUGUAGAAAAAAAAAAAAUCAUUGCGCAUAUAAAUGAAGUUAGUGCUCCCUUCUAAUAAUUUACUUUUUUUUUUUUUUUAAACAUCUCACCACAUAGUUUAGUGUCAUCAGGUAUUAAAGUGUGUACACGGUGAGGAUGAAAAGGAAUGUAUUUAGCUUUUGGUCAAGCUGUAUUUUAUAUGUUUGACAUAAAAACAUUACAAUGUG